CUACCAGACUGGGAGUAUCAAUUGCACAGAGUCAGUCGUUGGACAAUAGGCGGGAUAAGCCCCAUACUCAAACCUACCUUUCAUUGACGUUACACCAGACAAACUAUACUGCUGUUGACAGGGGACUCCAUUUUGUAUUAUUUCAAACUUGGACCAUGUUCAUAUGAUGACUUGAGUAUUACUGUAUGGAGAUUUCAUGGCAGUUCUACCAGUUAACAUCUAGGCAACAUAUUCUGUCACUCAAAAUGCCGCUCACCGACAUGACUGCUAAGGAAUAAUCUUGAAGGAGAUUCUUCCCUGUGCUUGCAUAUGAAGGACAUUUUUGCAAGGAUUUACAAACGUCGCUUUUGGUCAGCUAAACAUCAAAGAGUGAUUAUUCAAGUUUUUCAAGUAAUUUCUUAAAAUGUCUUUUCACGGAUGUUUACAAACUGUGUACAUUGCUUUUGUACUGACGGUAGUUGUGGGAUUGCUUCGAAGUGUUGAUGGACAUUCUUGUGAUGUCACUAUUGAUGGAUGUGAAUACGAACUCAAGAUUUCCGCAAAAAGCAAAACAUGCGCUAACAUAAACCCUUUUGUCACAUAUUACCGACAGAAACGAUCUGUCUCGGAAACGGCUGAAACAGAUCAACAGGUAACUCCCAUUACCAGAGAGGAUCUCAAACAGCUUUCCAAGAAAGUUACACGUAUGUUGGAUAAAUUAUCUACACGAGUCCUCAGAUGGUGGAGAAAAUUGGAUCAGAAAGUUGAUGAACUUUCAGUUAAAAGAAACGGCAGAUUGAGAUCCCAGUCUGUUCAUCUCAGUAAUCGAUGUCCGGAUGGAUUCAUUGGAAUUGAAAAUUGGCCUUCCUGCUACCUCCUAUCUCACUUCAACACCUCGUGGUAUGAGGCAAAGGAUUAUUGUGGUGCUUUCGAAAGUGAUCUUGUUGCCAUGGGAACAGUGCGAGAGCACUAUAUACUGUCUUUCGUCAUAAAGAAUAAUCCAGCUAUCAGUGAGGCUGAGGGUUGGUGGACUAGUGGCAGCUUCCUUGGCAGCACGCGGCAGUGGAUGUGGACGUCGCAGUUCUUUACCAAACCCUUCACAUUCAUCAAGUGGGCCGAUGGGGAACCCAACGAAGACGGGUCACAGUGCAUGCUGCUGAGCCGGGAUGAGAACCAUCAGUGGAACGACGCCAUCUGCACAGAGCACUUCAACUUCAUCUGCGAAGUUCAAGGUCUGCCUCUCUAACAAGGUCAUGCAUGGUGGGACAUAAGGAGCAUGGCACCGCGGUGUGGUACCUCCCAGAAAGCCAUGACCAAUCACAUCAUGCUGAAUGGAGCAAAGUGUGCAUACAGUCAGCAUUACUGUAAAUAAUGCAUCCUGACUGACAUAUUUUAGACUGGGUGGAGUACUCAGUUGUCUGGUACUGUUGCUACAGACACUGACUAAACAAUGGCUCCAUAUCGAGGAGAAGGUGGCUCCAAGGUCAUAUGCCUUUCCUAAGUGCAUAGUCUUUAUAUUGGGACUUCCAUGAGCCAUACAUAUUGGCCUUGCAUACUUGUGGUGUGUCACUUGACUCAGACUUGAGAACCAUGUAUCAACAAAUUCAGGGCAAAUAUCUUAAGAUAUGAUGGAGUAAAAUCUUAGCACAAGCAGGUCAACGUUUGAGAAAUUCCACCCAAAUGAUUCUGUUUAUGCCAGAAGUUCUUAGUUUCUUAGUUCGUAAUCUUCCAUGUUAAUUGAAAGUUACCCUCUUACACUUCAGUUAGUUGAUCCAUCAACCGAAAAACGAAAGAAAAAGUGUCACCUAACUCUUUUUGAAUAUUUAGAACUACCUUUAAUAUAUACAAAACCAGAACACAAUUUUCAACAUAGAGUUGGCAAUGACUAGUGUUAAGAGAAGGUAUCAAGGGGAUCCUCUGGAACAUGGAUUAUCAAUCAAGACAUACCGGCAGAUAUGAAUAUGUAAUUAACGGUAGUCGGUUAACUUUGAGAUAGACAGUAUGCAAUAUAACUGGGUUUGGGGAUACGAGAGACGUCACAUGACUUUUGGCACCCCUAUUAAAAGUGUGUAUUUCCCUGCUACCAGUCCAUCCUGUUUUCUCUGUAGUCUCAGUACCAAUAUCAGCUGUAUUGGCGAGCUGAUUCACCUUAAAGAACUUAGGGAGAAAAAAUAGAAAAAUGUAUUUUGCUGUUUAAAAAUGUUUGCCCACAAUUAUUAUUCCACUAAGUUCAUUCUGCUGUAUGUCAUAUCUGACCCAAAUAGUACAUAUAAUUGUAUGUAGUUUUGUAAAUAAAUCUAGAUAGGUAAUGACGGCUUUCAGUUGUUCAAUUUACAUUAUCAUGCUAGCGUGAGACAAUGUCCCCUGUCAACACUGGGUCUUCACUUCAUACGUUACAAGUGUAAAGAGUUUCAUAAAACUACACAACACCUUACAAGCUGAUUGGCCUUUGACACAUCAUUUGAUCAACACUCAUUGUUAACAAAGGUAACAUGGCAAGUCCACAUAUUACAAAGAGCUAAUCGGAGUGAAAUAUUUCUGUUUGACAAUCCGAUCUAUCCUGUGACCACCACAACAUUUUCAAAAUAGUACCUGGAACUAUGUAGUGAGUCAGUUGUGAAGUGACUAACAAUUGAAGUAUACACCAACUUCUAAAUGCCACUGAAAGAAAUGACUAACAGGUGAUGCCACCUUAAACAUGGUGGCAGUCUGUCUGUACUGGCCUUAAGGAUGAAAUGACACAUCGGUGCACCAUUGCAUCGUAAGUUUACGAUACACGAUACAAUGCACGAUAUGGAUUUUUUUCUGUAUGGAUACAAGACGAUACACUCGCUGAAAUAAAUUACUACAUGUUUAAUGACCUCAGCAUUUUUGUCAGUCAAAUAUCACAAAUGUGUUGUAAUUAGCAUUUCAAGUUCACUAAUAAAUAUAGCCACUACGAA